ACCAGGUACCGUGUGGGGGAUUUCGUUGUAGUUGUGAGUUGAUAAAUGAGACUCGCUGUAGUAUUUCCAUAUUUGAACUUACAAUCAGAUCGGAUACCAACGCAGCGAAAAACUUCAAAAUGGCACCAAACUUAUCGACAUCAUUAUAUACGAAGAUAUCUCAAAAAAAUGUUCAUCAAGAAAAAAAAAAUAACGAGAAAAUAGACCAAAAUUUAUCGAAUUCCAAAAAAUAUGAAUGGAAAAUCGUUUGGAAAAAUGUGAUUCUAUUUAUCUAUUUUCAUAUUGGAGCUCUAUAUGGAUUCUAUCUUUGGUGUAAUGGAACUAAAAAAUAUACAAUUUUGUGGUUUUUUAUUAUGACAUUUGCUAGUUCGAUGGGUAUCACAGCUGGAGUUCACAGAUUAUGGUCUCAUAGAGCUUACAAAGCAAAAUGGCCCCUUCGAUUCCUAUUGAUGCUUUUUCAAACACUUGCUUAUCAGAAUCAUAUUUAUGAAUGGGUAAGGGAUCACAGAGUACAUCACAAAUUCACAGAUACUGACGCAGAUCCGCAUAACGCGCGUCGAGGAUUUUUUUUUUCCCAUAUAGGUUGGUUGCUAAUCCGAAAGCAUCCUGAUGUUAUUAAAAAAGGUGCUACUGUUGACAUGAGCGAUUUGGAAAAGGAUCCUAUUGUCGUUUUUCAAAGAAGAUUGUUUUAUGUGCUAAUGCCACUCUUAUGUUUCGUGAUUCCGGUGGGAGUACCCUGUUAUUUCUGGAAUGAACAAUUCAUAAAUUCCUGGUACAAUAAUCUAGCAAGAUAUGUUUUUUGCUUGAACAUGACAUGGUUGGUAAACUCUGCUGCUCAUAUGUGGGGCAUGAGACCAUAUGAUGUGAAUAUUGGUCCAACCGAAAAUCUAAUUGUGUCUAUGCUUGUAUGCGGUGAGGGAUGGCACAAUUAUCAUCAUGUAUUUCCCUGGGAUUAUAAAGCCGCUGAACUUGGUGGCUAUAAAACCAAUCUUACCACCGCGUUCAUCGAUUUUUGUGCUUUAUUGGGACAAGCAUAUGAUUUAAAAACUGUUCCAGAAAAAAUGAUUGCAAAACGAAUAGCCAGAACUGGAAGUGGAUCUAGUUGCAAUAAAAACAAAAUCAUUCAUCAUCAUGAAGAUACAAGGUGGGGCUGGGGCGAUAAAGAUAUGAAACCUCAUGAAAUUGAAGAAAUAAUAAUUUUUAAUAAAAAAGAUUAAUGGAUUGUUUAUGUUUAAAGCAAUUAAUAUUUAUUAUGAAUAUAUAUAUUAUAAUCAUUGUAAUUAUGUGUAUAAUGUAAUCUUUAUUUAUAUGAAAAAUCGAGUAAAAUUAUUCAAAUUGUCCAAUAAAUGCAAUACGAUAUCUCUCA